AUGCCUUGCCCGACAAGAUCGGAUGAGUUGGUUUUCUUUGUGAACGGGAGAAAGGUGGUAGAGAGGAAUGUGGACCCGGAAGUGACUCUGCUGACCUUUCUGCGAAAGAGCUUACGCCUCACAGGAACAAAGUAUGGCUGUGGACAAGGAGGCUGCGGGGCGUGUACCGUGAUGGUGUCCAGGCUCGAUCCCACAUCCAAGAAGAUAAGACACUUUUCCGUCACCGCCUGCCUGGUGCCCAUCUGCUCUCUGUAUGGAACUGCCAUCACCACUGUGGAAGGUGUUGGAAGCAUCAAAACCAGGAUUCACCCUGUACAGGAGAGGAUCGCCAAGAGUCAUGGCACCCAGUGUGGAUUCUGUACCCCUGGGAUGGUGAUGUCCAUGUACACGCUUUUGAGGAACCACCCGGAGCCCUCAGAGGAGCAGCUCACGGAAGCCCUUGGGGGCAACCUAUGCCGCUGCACUGGAUAUCGACCGAUUCUUGCGAGUGGAAGAACUUUCUGCAUGGAAUCAGAUGGUUGUCAGCAGAAAGGAACAGGAAAAUGCUGCUUGGAUCAAGGAGAAAAUGAUUCUUCCUCACUUGGUCAGAAAAGCAGGAUGUGCACUGAAUUAUUUGUGAAAGAGGAGUUCCAGCCACUGGACUCUACCCAGGAGCUCAUAUUUCCCCCAGAACUCUUGAGAAUGGCAGAGAACCCAGAAAAACGCACUCUUACUUUUCAUGGAGAGAGAGUUACCUGGAUCUCCCCUGGGACCCUCAAGGAUCUCCUGGAACUGAAAGUAAAACACCCUGAAGCCCCUCUUAUAUUGGGCAACACCUCCCUGGGACCUGCCAUGAAAUCUCAAGAGCGUUUUCACUCAAUUCUCCUCUCUCCUGUUAGAAUUCCUGAGCUGUAUGUGGUAUCCAAAACAAGUGGUGGACUGACAAUAGGUGCAGGCUGCAGCCUGGACCAGGUGAAAGACAUCUUGGCUGAGAUGAGUUCUGAACUCCCAGAGGAGAAAACUCAGACAUACCGAGCCCUCCUGAAACAUCUGAAGAGUCUCGGGGGACAGCAGAUCCGGAAUAUGGCUUCUUUAGGAGGACAUGUGAUGAGCCGGCACUUCUUCUCAGAUCUGAAUCCAAUUCUGGCCGUGGGCAACGCUACACUCAAUCUGAUAUCAGAAGAAGGGAUGCGACAGAUUCCUCUGAAUGAACAUUUUCUUGCUGGGUUGGCAAGUGCAGACCUUAAGCCAGAGGAACUAUUGGAAUCUGUGCAUAUUCCUCACUCACACAAGUGGGAAUUUGUGUCAGCCUUCCGACAGGCUGAGUGCCAGCAAAAUGCCUUGCCUGAUGUGAACGCUGGCAUGAGAGUCCUCUUUGAAGAAGGCACCGACACCAUUGCAGACCUGAGCCUCGCCUACGGAGGGGUGGGCACUGCCACCGUCUGCGCAGCCCUGUCCUGCCAGCAGCUCCUAGGGAGGCGCUGGAAUGAACUGAUGCUGGAUGAGGCUUGCAGGCUGCUGCUGGAGGAAGUCUCUAUCCCAGGCUCGGCUCCUGGUGGGAGGGUAGAAUUCAAGAGGGCUCUGGUGGUCAGCUUCUUCUUCAAGUUCUACCUAGAAGUUUUGAAGGAACUAAAGACACUCCUAAAACUGUUUCCUGUUCCUGACAGCCGUCGUUAUCCUGAAAUUCCAGACCGGUUCCUAAGUGCGCUAGAAGAUUUCCCUGUCACAAUACCCCACGGAGUCCAAACAUACCAGAGUGUGGAUUCUGACCAACCUCUCCAAGACCCAGUUGGACGCCCCAUCAUGCACCUGUCAGGUCUAAAACAUGCUACAGGGGAAGCCACAUUCUGUGAUGACAUUCCUGUAGUGGAUAAAGAACUUGUCAUGGCUUUGGUGACCAGUACCAGGGCUCAUGCAAAAAUCAUAUCAAUUGAUUCAUCUGAGGCUCUAGUACUAUCAGGGGUAGUUGAUGUGAUAACAGCUGAUGAUAUUCCAGGCACCAACGGUACUGAAGAGGACAGACUGUUGGCUGUUGGCGAGGUACAUUGUGUGGGCCAGAUUAUCUGUGCUGUGGUAGCUGAGACAGAGGUACAGGCGAAGCAAGCAAUUGAAAAGGUAAAGGUCACCUAUGAAGAUCUGGAGCCUGUAAUCUUCUCUAUUGAGGAUGCCAUAAAACAUAAUUCAUUCCUAUGCCCUGAAAAGAAACUUGAAAAAGGAAACAUUGAGGAGGCAUUUGAAAAAGUCGAUCAAACUGUUGAAGGGGAGGUCCAUGUUGGAGGACAGGAACAUUUUUAUAUGGAAACACAAAGAGUGCUUGUUAUUCCAAAGACAGAAGACAAAGAACUGGACAUUUAUGUGUCAACACAGGAUCCAGCCCAUGUACAGAAAACCGUGUCUUCCACCCUAAGCAUCCCCAUCAACAGGAUCACCUGUCAUGUAAAGCGAGUCGGUGGGGGUUUUGGAGGGAAGGUGGGAAGACCAUCUAUAUUUGGGGCCAUUGCAGCUGUGUGUGCUAUCAAAACUGGUCACCCCAUUCGUCUUGUUCUUGAUCGCGAAGACGAUAUGCUAAUAACUGGAGGAAGGCACCCAUUAUUUGCGAAAUAUAAAGUGGGUUUCAUGAACAACGGGCGAAUCAAAGCUCUGGACAUUGAGUGCUACGUUAACGGAGGAUGCAUGCUGGAUGACUCGGAGCUGGUAAUAGAAUUUCUUAUAUUAAAGCUGGAAAAUGCAUAUAAAAUCCACAACCUCAGGUUCCGGGGUAAUGCAUGCAUGACCAAUUUACCAUCCAAUACAGCCUUCCGUGGGUUUGGCUUCCCACAAGGAACCCUGGUAACAGAAUCUUGCAUCACAGCUGUGGCAGCCAAAUGUGGUCUUCCUCCAGAAAAGAUCAGGGAGAAAAACAUGUACAAAACAAUUGAUAAAACUAUCUACAAACAAGCAUUUAGCCCUGAGACUCUAAUCAGAUGCUGGAACGAAUGUCUGGAGAAGUCUUCCUUUCAUAGCAGAAGGAUGCAAGUGGAAGAGUUCAAUAAGAAGAAUUAUUGGAAGAAGAAAGGCAUUGCUGUUAUCCCCAUGAAGUUUUCAGUUGGCUUUGCUGCAACAUCUUACCAUCAGGCUGCUGCACUUGUUCAUAUCUACACCGAUGGGUCCGUAUUGGUCUCACAUGGAGGCAAUGAAUUGGGACAAGGUAUUCACACCAAAAUGCUACAGGUGGCCAGUCGUGAAUUAAAAAUACCCAUGUCUCAUAUGCAUGUCUGUGAAACAAGUACAGCAACAGUGCCUAAUACAGUCGCUACAGCAGCAUCCAUUGGUUCAGAUGUCAAUGGCAAAGCCGUGCAGAAUGCUUGUCAGAUCCUUCUGAAACGACUGGAGCACAUCAUGAAGAAAAAUCCAGAAGGCACCUGGGAAGACUGGAUAGAAGCUGCAUUUGAACAAAGAAUCAGUCUUUCAGCCACUGGAUAUUUCAGGGGCUACAAGGCCUUUAUGGAUUGGGAGAAGGGGGAGGGAGACCCAUUUCCUUAUUAUGUCUAUGGAGCUGCCUGUUCUGAGGUCGAAAUUGACUGCCUGACUGGAGCUCACAAGAAGAUCAGAACAGAUAUCGUCAUGGAUGCUUGUUGUAGCCUAAAUCCAGCCAUUGACAUGGGGCAGAUUGAAGGGGCAUUUAUUCAGGGAAUGGGCCUUUACACCACCGAAGAGCUGAAAUAUUCUCCAGAAGGGGUCCUGUACUCUCGGGGCCCAGAUAAGUACAAAAUUCCAACCAUCACUGACGUCCCAGAGGAGUUCAACGUCUCCUUUCUGCCAUCAUCACAAACCCCACUCACCAUCUACUCAUCCAAGGGCCUUGGAGAGUCAGGGAUGUUCUUGGGGUCAUCUGUGUUCUUUGCCAUCGCUGAUGCUGUGGCCACAGCACGAAAAGAAAGAGACAUAGCGGAAGACUUUACUGUGAGGAGCCCAGCGACACCAGAAUGGGUUCGAAUGGCCUGUGUGGAUCGAUUCACAGACAUGAUCUAG